AUGAGCGUGAAGGACAUCCGCUCGAUCGACUUCAGUGCACUGAAACGUAAAGGUAUCACUGGCAUCGUAAUUGACAGGGACAACUGCUUGACGCUUCCGAGGCAGGAUUACGUCGUUUCUGAGCUGCAAAAUAGCUGGAUUGAGUGCAAGGAAGCCUUUGGGAGUGAUGGCUGCGUCAUUUUGUCUAACUCAGCCGGCACAGGCAAAGAUCCCGGACUUAUUCAGGCAAAGGUUUUGUCGCGGAAUACAGGAGUCCAUGUCGUCGAGCACAAUCAUCCUAAGCCAUCUUCAAAGCUCAGAGCCCCGUUGGAGAAUAAGUUUGGUGAUUUGAAGAAUGUUGCAUUUGUAGGAGAUAGAUUACUCACUGACGUAUGUGGGGUGCAGAUAGCAGAGGAGAGGCAUUUGGUCGAUGGCUUGAACAUUGGCUGGCAAAACGCGUAA